GCCCAGUAAUUUUGAGUCACUCCUUUUCUUCAGCCACACCCUCUUACCUUCCUCAAGUUUCUUGACUUCUCCUCGAGUUUGAGUAGUUUCUCUUCUUCCUCAGCGACUGAACCGUACUUUCUCUUUCCCCCGUCUCCCUGUGAGUUAUCCUAUAAUACGCACAAAAUGGAGGAGCCCCCAGCUACUAAACUUCACACCAAAGGCCGUCUAAUCGUCGGUACGAACGGAACAGCAGAGGAUGAUGUCGUCAAAUUCAGUGGAAGGGGCUCUGUCUCCCUAGCAAAGCUGGUUGAGCCUAUUAAUCCGAUGCUCAAUUAUUUUGAAAUAGAGAUAUUGAACAGAGGGUCCGAGUGUGCCAUUGGCAUUGGGGUUGGUGCUAUCAACUAUCCACAGGGUCGUCAGCCUGGUUGGAACAAGGGGGGGAUCGGCUAUCAUGCUGACGAUGGUCAUCUCUACCACGAGAGAGGCUAUGGGUCGAAUUUCGGACCAACCUGCACAACAGGUGAUGUGAUGGGGUGUGGGGUUGACUUUGAUACUGAUGUCGGAGUCAAUUACGUUAAAGUAUUUUUCACUAAAAAUGGCCGCCAGGUCGGACAGUCGCAGAAAAUGAAGAGACCAAUCCAUGGACUUUAUCCUCUAUUUGGUUUGCACAGUGAGGGAGAGAAGGUGAAGUACAGGGGCCACUGGCUGCGUAGUCCUGACAACCUCCAGAUACCAAUGGAACUAGACUCCUCGCCCUCGACAUACUGGCUACGAUCAAACGGUGUCAAAUUCGUCGACGACGGUCUUUCGCUAGAAUAUGCAGGCGAAGGCGGAAACGUACAAGACGUUGGUAGCGCACAAGCAAAUUUCCAAAUAUCUCCCACUAAUCAUUACUUUGAAUUGGAGAUCGUUGACGCAGGGUCUAUCGGAGCAGUGGCAAUAGGGCUAGCUAAAACAACAUACCCACUUAACAGGCACCCUGGCUGGAACCCUGGUGCCGUGGGGUACCAUGCUGACGACGGGAAGCUCUUCAAGGAGAAGGGAAUGGGGAGUGUGUUCGGCCCAUCGUGCACCACUGGAGACACAAUGGGUUGCGGGGUACGGUUUACUCCCUCUUCUGACUACGAGGAGUACAUGGAAGAAAAUGAUAGCAGCUCUGAGACGAGUCUACCCGAAGAGGUCCAAUAUGCCGAUCAAUACUUGUCGGAUAAUUCGGACGACGACUAUGAUGACUAUUUCGGUUUUGGCGGGCUUGGAGGCGGGUUAGGUGGGCGAGGUUUUGGGUUGAGGAUGCCAAUGCAAGUUCCCUCGGAGUCAAAAGAAAAGAAAAAGGAUAAAGACAAAGAGAGAACUAUCACCGUCUAUUUCACAAAGAAUGGAGAGGAGGUUGGAGAGACCGAGUGUGUGGUCCCUUCUGGCGGGUUCUAUCCCAUCGUUGCAAUGCUUAGCAGAGGAGAAAAAAUUAAAGUUAAUUUGAGUCCUAUUACUGGAUGAAGCGUAUGGUGUUUUGUGUGAGUGGUAGAGAGAUUUUUUUAGAGAUUUUUGUAGAGAUCCUGCCACCAG